CAUGUGCCCCGCUCUCACUGACGAGUUCAAACAUGGCGGAACGAGGCACGCAGCGCGUGCGCUGACGUCACAGACGGAAGGUCAGCCUUGAACCGGAAGUGAGAGCAGUAACCCAUCCGCCAUUGUGGCACAGAGCAGCGGGGGGAAUCUUCUAAGCGUCUAACAGUCACUUCCACCGUCCCGGGGUGAAUGUUACCGAGACAGUCAGGCUCCGGUCACCGCCGAGGACACAUACGAGCCGCCGCCCGCGCGUCACCUCCGCGCUCAGGAUCAGCGUGUUUAAAGCCCCGCGCGUGCGUGGAGUCUGAUUGGCUGAAGCCGAGAGGAAGGAAGAGGAUUUAAAAAGAAUAUUAAUCACAAUAUCAUAUUCAUUAAUAAUAACGACGAUAAUAAUCAUCCGGCUUAAGAGCGAGAGGAGUGCAGUGCAUCAUCACGCGGCUCGGGGCUCGUGGAGGAGGAUGUCUGCCACAACUGUUGAUCAGAGACCUAAAGGCCAAGGAAAUAAAGUGCAAAACGGAUCGAUGCAUCAGAAAGAUUCUGUAAACGAUGACGACUUUGAGAAUUACUUAAGCAGCCAGACAAAUCAGAGUAAUAGCUACCCACCAAUGUCUGACCCCUACAUGCCCAGCUACUAUGCCCCGUCCAUCGGAUUUCCGUACUCCCUGGGUGAAGCUGCGUGGUCCACUGCCGGUGACCCUCCCAUGCCCUACCUGACAACUUAUGGACAGAUGAGCAAUGGCGAGCACCAUUUUAUCCCUGAUGGAGUAUUUAGCCAGCCUGGUGCUCUAGGCAACACGCCCCCCUUUCUUAGUCAACACGGAUUUAACUUCUUUCCCGGCAAUGCAGACUUUUCCACCUGGGGCACCAGUGGCUCUCAGGGCCAGUCGACCCAGAGCUCGGCGUACAGCAGCAGCUACGGUUACGCGCCCAGCUCUCUGGGCAGGGCUAUAGCAGAUGGACAGGCCGGCUUUGGCAGCGACACGCAGCUCAGCAAGGGUCUUCCACUGAGCAGCAUUGAUCAAGGCAUGGCCGGGCUCAAGCUCGGAUCGGACAUGGCAGCCGUCACCAAAACUGUUGGCUCCCCUCUUGGAGGAACUGCUGGCAUGAGCAGCAUGGCAGCCAACAGUGUGCCUCCUGUUAGCUCCUCAGCUCCCAAGCCUACAUCUUGGGCAGCCAUAGCUAGGAAACCAGCUAAACCUCAGCCCAAACUCAAACCUAAGCCUAAUCCAUGCAUGGGAAGUGGUGUCACCAUUCCUCCUCCACCUAUAAAGCAUAACAUGAACAUUGGAACUUGGGAUGACAAAGUGUCCAUCACAAAACCACCGCUUGCUCAACAGAUGCUGCCGCCUCAACCUCUGGUGCAACCACAGAUUUUAGCUCAGCCCCAGCCCUUAAUGCCUCCUCAACCGCAGCAGCUCCAGCUUCAGUCCCACCAACCACCUCCACAGCUUCAACCAGGUCCACCACAUCCCCUUCAGCACCAUCCGUCCCAACCUGGUCCUCCUCAGCCCCAGCAUCCUCUCCCUCAGCAGAAUGCACCACCUCAGAACCGUUGGAUUGCACCGAGGAACAGAGUGGCCACGUUUAACCAGAGCGGGGGCCAGGAGAACUUCUGUCUGGGCCCCGGCAUACCUCUGAGUGCCUCCCCGUCUGCUCCUGGCGAGCUCCACCCGGUGCUGGAGAAGCUCAAAGCUCUCAACAGCUACAACCCCAAAGACUUCGACUGGAACGUAAAGAACGGACGCGUGUUCAUCAUUAAGAGCUACUCCGAGGACGACAUCCACCGUUCCAUCAAGUACUCGAUCUGGUGCAGCACAGAGCACGGCAACAAGCGGCUGGACGCGGCGUACCGCUCACUGGCUGCCAAGGGCCCGCUCUACCUUCUGUUCAGCGUCAACGGCAGCGGGCACUUCUGCGGCGUGGCCGAGAUGAAGUCUCCCGUGGACUACAACGCGUACGCAGGGGUCUGGUCUCAGGACAAGUGGAAGGGGAAGUUCGAGGUCAAGUGGAUCUUCGUCAAGGAUGUGCCCAACAACCAGCUGCGGCACAUCCGCCUGGAGAACAACGACAACAAGCCGGUCACCAACUCCAGGGACACUCAGGAGGUGCCUCUGGAAAAGGCCAAGCAAGUGCUUAAAAUAAUCGCCACUUUCAAGCAUACCACCUCGAUCUUUGACGAUUUUGCACAUUACGAAAAACGCCAGGAGGAAGAGGAAGCCAUACGAAGGGAGCGAACUAGAAAUAAACAGUAACCUUUCAGACGUCUGUUCUGCUAGAACGUCAACACUAAUAAUGUAGAACCUUUGAAUUAUUGCCUAACCACAGAGGAAGAACGAGGGUUCUGCUCUAUUUUCUGCUGAAGACCAUGUACGAACACUUUAACACCACGACGACCACGGACUGUCGAUUCUCCUUUUUUUUUUUUUUUUUUUUUUUUUUUGAGACACAUCUCCCCUUGUUCUCACGACGAAAGAACACAACAUCGGUCACAUAGACUCUCUUUAAGCACUUUCAGUCCUAAAAAAUAGAAAAAAAAAGCUUCUUACCGACACCCUUAACUCGCACCGGACUCCUGUUUUGGUAUUAACUGACUAACCUAAAUAGUUGGUUUCAAGGAUUUCACCAGACUUAUUUGUAUUUGUAGACCUUUUUGUUUAUUCUAUUGAUUGUUUUGUUGUUGUUGUUGUUUGGGUUCAGCACGAGUGAGUGCUCUGGGAGGAAACAGAAAGCGUGUAACGACAAAUCUGUACGUCCGUACUUGAAUCUGUGACGCUUCGUGAACCUCCACUGCAGUACAGAGAAAAGGAAAGCGCCGAUUUAUUUCAUUUUAAUCUUACUUUGUUGUUUUUGUCUUUUUCCCUUUUUUUCUUCCUACCUGAUUAAAUUGAAGCACGAGUUGGA